CUUUUACACACGCAAAAUACCGCCCUUCCAAAUUCCCCCCCCUUUUUUUUUUCCUUCCUUCCUUUCUUGCUGCUUCUUCUUCUUCUUCUUCCCCCUUCGCGGUUUAGGGUUUCUUCUUCAUCCCUUCCCAUGUUGCAGGGUCUCCUUCAUUUUUCUUCUUAAUUCUCAAUCUCAAUCUCCACUGCUGUAGGGUUUCUUUUUCCUCCAUGGCUCUAAUCACCUUUUCUCUGAAGUUCUCUAGAUUCGCUGAAUCUUGACUUCACUUUUGAGGCAUUGAGUCAAGCAAUAUUUGGUUGAUCUGUUUCUUGAGCCAAGUGGAAAACAUGUACAAUGAAGGAGCCAACCCUGAAUUUAUUUUUGAUCAGGGUGUUUAUUAUCCUACUGCCGCCAAUUAUGGUUAUUACUGUACAGGAUUUGAAUCACCUGGCGAAUGGGAGGACCAUUCUCGGAUUUUUGGUUUAGAUGGUCCAGAUGUCCAAUACGCAGGUGCUCAAAAUGAGAAUUCAUCUUAUGUAUAUUAUACGCCAAGCUAUGGAUAUGCACAGUCUCAAUACAAUCCGUAUAAUCCUUACAUACAUGGUGCUAUGAUAGGACCAGAUGGUCCAUAUCUAGGAGCCCAACAGUUUUACACCAUUCCUUCUUAUGACAGCUCCGUUACUUCUCCUGCAUAUGUCCCCGUUAUUGUUCAGCCAGAUAUUGUCCCCAAUAGUUCCAUUGACUUGAUUGACCCUUCAAUUAAUAGAUCUAAUGGAAAUGGAAGAAUGCAAAAAAAUGAGAGUUCUGGAAGCUUUUCUAGGAACCACUCUAAACCUGCUUUAGACCAGAGAAAUUCUUUGGCAAGGUUAUCAGAAGUGCCAAGAGCUAAUGUUGGUCCAAGUAAGCAAAGUGGAACACUUGGUAGCAUUUCUGCUGGUGGUCAUGCUGGAUCAGUUUCAUCACGUGUUUUUCAGGGUAGGGGUGCUUAUGGGUCAAUUCAACCAGUAGAUGACAUAUCAAAUGGAAAGGUUGUUUCUCAACAUAGUCAAUUGAGAGGACCUCAUCCUAUCAAUAAUGCCUUUUCUGACUUUCGAUCAAGUGCUCAUGGACAGGCUGCGAUUGCUAAAUUUCAGCCUAAGGUUCAAGUUGGUAGAGUUCUGGAUAGUGCAAAUGCUAGUUCAGAUGCAUUAAGUGAGCAGAAUCGAGGACCUAGAAUCAGCAGAUCUAAAGCCCAACUGGCUCUGAAAGCCUACACAACCAAGGCUGGAGAUGGUAAUGCAGAUGGAAACAUUAUUAUCUACACAGAUCAGUAUAAUAAGGAUGAUUUUCCUAUUGAAUACACGGAUGCAAAAUUUUUUGUAAUAAAAUCUUACAGUGAGGAUGAUGUCCACAAGAGCAUUAAGUAUAAUGUUUGGUCAUCUACUCCCAAUGGGAAUAAGAAACUUAAUAUUGCAUAUGAAGAUGCUCGGAGAAUAGUUUCAGCAAAAUCAAGAAGCUGUCCUGUAUUCCUUUUCUUCUCUGUCAAUGCAAGUGGUCAGUUCUGUGGUGUAGCAGAGAUGGUUGGCCCUGUGGACUUCAACAGGGAUAUGGAUUUUUGGCAGCAGGAUAAAUGGAAUGGAAGUUUCCCUGUUAAGUGGCACAUAAUCAAAGACGUUCCGAACAACAACUUUAGGCAUGUCAUUUUGGAAAAUAAUGAAAAUAAACCUGUUACUAAUAGCAGAGAUACCCAAGAGAUUCCGCUCAAAAAAGGUCUGGAGAUGCUUAAGUUAUUCAAGAGCCAUACAUUAAAGACUUCUUUACUUGACGACUUCAUUUAUUAUGAAAACCGUCAGAAGAUCAUGCAGGAAGAGAAAGCGCGGUUGGUUAUUAGAAGGCUCGAGCGUCCCUAUUUUGUACCUGCAUUAGAUCAUACUCGACAGCUAAAUUGUGUUGUUGAGCUGCCUUUGAGAGAGGAUAAGAAUCUCAACAAGGCCAAUGAUGGUCCAAGGGUGUUGGAAAGGAAUGCAGCCUCAAGAGCUGAACAGCAAGUCUACUCAAACCCUGGUAAUGCUGGUGCUGUGGUAGUGAAGGAAAGUCCGAAACCCAAUGCCGAAGAGAAAGUUGACGUUACAUCGACAUUGAAGAUGGAAUCACUUGAAAUCAGCCCGAAAGUGGUUGAAAAUCCUUUAGGGGGUGCUACACCCGCUGCUGCUAGUGAUACAAAUUCCAAAAACCAUACUGAAGUUGUCACUGUAGGAUCAAUGCCAAUCAAAGUUAACGGAUAUAAUACUGAAACUUCGGGUGUUUUGACCGUGGGAACGAUUCCGCUCGAUCCUAAAGCCCUGCAGCUUGACAAAGAAGAUGCGUUCCCCAAUAACGGGUCUCAACACAAAUGAUGGAAAUAUAGUAAAAACGAGUAUACUGGAAUGUUUCUGGGCGGUCUCAGGAAAAAAAAAAAAAAAGGAAAAAAAAGGAAAAAAAAAGGAAAAAAAAGGGUCCCAUGGUUUACUUGAUUUGAAGAUGCUAUUUGGUAUUUCUUGGUUAUCACAAUUAUCUUCGUUUAUUUGGGCAAUGUUCUGAUGUAGUAAUUGGUGGUUUUUUUUUAAUGGGUUUCUUCUUUGUGCCAUGUUGAUGUUUACUAAAAUCAAUUGAAAAUUUCCAAAUGUAUUAUCAGCUCUGCUUUCUUCA